UUAUGGCACUAUUCUCUUCAAUCCGUUUGCAAGAACUCAUAUGCAAAUUCUUAACGUAAAAAAUCGAAGAUGAAUAAAAUCUCGAUGAUAACCAUUCUUUUGGCUGCUACUUGUUGCUGCUUGAGCUUGGUUCAUGGAAUUGAACAAGUUCAUAUUUCACUUGGAACCAAUGCAACCGAAAUGAUUGUUACUUGGACCGAACCACAAAAACAUACUGAUAUCGAUAUCGAUGCAGUUGUUUAUUAUGGUCGAGCAUCAUCAUCUUUUGAUCAAGCAGCCAUAGCAAAAUCUGAAUAUUUUAAAGAUGAUGAAACCAAAUAUACUACGUUUCGUGCAUUGUUGACUGGGCUUGAAUCAGAUACUCAAUAUCAUUACAAAAUUCAACUUGAUGAUAAGGAAUCAUCUAUUUUUGCAUUUAAAACACUAAAAUUGGAUGAAAACUGGUUGCCCAGAUUCGCUAUUUACGGAGAUCUUGGUUACGUCAAUGAACAAUCACUGCCAUAUCUCAAAAAAGAUGUCGAAAAAAAUAUGUUUGACGUUAUCUUUCAUAUUGGUGAUAUCGCUUAUGAUCUUCAGGAUGAAAACGGUGAAGUUGGAAAUAAUUUCAUGCGAUCAAUUGAAUCGAUUGCUUCCAAAAUACCGUAUAUGACAUGUCCAGGAAAUCAUGAAAGACAUUCGAAUUUUUCUCAUUAUGAUUCAAGAUUUUCAAUGAUUGGUGAUCGUAGCCAACCAAAUCACCAAGAUUCAUUAGACAAACGUAUCAAUAAUCAUUUUCAUAGUAUGGAAAUUGGUCCGGCAACAAUAAUCAUGUUUUCAACUGAAUACUAUUAUUACACUUACUAUGGUUGGGAACAAAUUGAACGUCAAUAUCGAUUUUUGGAAAAAGAAUUGAUACGUGCCAAUGAAAAUCGUAAUAAACGUCCAUGGAUUAUCGCUAUGGGUCAUCGUCCACUUUAUUGUCUUAAAAUGGGUGAUUCUUCAUGUGAUCAUCAAACAAUGGAACGACCAGAAAUUCGUCAAGGUAUACGAAUGCAUGAUCAAGGCGAACGACAAUAUGGCUUGGAAGAUUUAUUCCAUAAAUAUGGUGUUGAUAUUCAAUUCUAUGGCCAUGAACAUUUCUAUGCAAGAAUGUUUCCUAUCUAUAAAUAUCAAAUGUACAAAGGAAAACAAUCCGAUAAUCCAUAUGAUCAUGCUGAUGGACCUAUUCAUAUUACGACAGGUAGUGCAGGAAACAAAGAAAUACAUCCUUUAUUCAAUCAUCUAAAAGAAUGGGUAGCACAUCAUUUUUAUGAUUAUGGUUACACACGUUUGAUUUUCGAAAAUCAAUAUCGAAUUCGUUUGCAACAAGUCUCUGAUGAUCAGCAUGGAAAAGUUUUGGAUGAAAUUGAAAUUAUUAAAAGUUCUCCACAGCCUCAUUGGAUGCCUUGAAUAAUGAUAAUCGAUAAUGAUGAUUGAUAAUUGUUAACUAAUGUUUAUGUUUCUUGAAUAAAUCAGUUAGUUUAUUAUUAAACUCAAUUUUAUUUA